UGACAUACUUUCCUCCGGGCUGCGGGACUCUGCGGAUUACGCCCUCCAGCUUCUGUCGCGCUCUUUCCAGAAGGUGCGACAAUUUCCAGGCACGCACUUUCCCCCUAAGAGUCUCCUCAAGAGCCAAGACUGGAGCAAGCUCAGCUACGGUGGGACAUGACUGGGGACGGGGGUGUUGGGGAGUUCAUCCCCCAGAAGGAGAUCGUUUAUAACGGCCUGUUGCCUUACUGCGACCGCUUGGACCGGGAAGCCGUGGAGUUGUUGGCCGAGAUCAAAGCCAACCUGAGCAGGGCGGUUCUCCUCAGGGAGCUGUGGCCCGGGGUCGCCUUCUGGUCCAGGAAACUCUUCUCGUUUCUGAAGCUCUAUGGCCGGAGGUUCAGCAAAGAAGACCACAUUCUCUUCAUCAAUCUCCUCUACGAGUUGGUCACGCUGCCAAACCUGGAGCCCCACAUGAUGUGCAGCUAUGCCAGGCUGCUCAUUCAACUCCUCAAGAAGAAGGAGCUGCUGUCAAGAGAUGACCUUCAGCUGCCGUGGAGACCCCUCUACGAGCUGUACGAGAGAAUCAUCUACUCCAAAACCGAGCACCUCGGGCUCGUCUGGUUCCCAAACUCAGUGGACCACAUUUUGAAGGCUUUGAUCAAAAGCUGCAGACUGUAUUUCCCAGCACCUUCCACCAGGGAGAUGCUGGAUGAGUGGCGCCCCCUGCUGUGCGUGUUCGACGUGGCCAUGCAGAAGGGAAUCAGCAACAUGGAGCUGUUCCUGCCCACCAUCAUGCCCCCGGAGGAACACAGCCAGGGCUUCCAGCUGUGGUUUGACGAGUUGAUGAACCUUUGGAUGUCGGUGCAGAAUCAGCCAAGCUGGGAAGGGCACCUAGUGAACCUGUUUGCUCGGCUUGCCAACGACAACAUCGGCUACGUGGACUGGACUCCUUAUAUUCCCACAAUCUUUACCAGAAUCCUGCGAAGUUUAAACCUUCCAGUUGGGGUCAACCAGAUGGUGGCACCGAGGUAUCUUAUCAACUCCUAUGACGUGGGAUACUUGGUUUUAUGGAUCACAGCACUGCUGGGCGGACCGGGAAAUCCUGCACAGAAAGAACUGACCUGCCUCUUCAGCAGCAUUGCCUCCUUCUAUCACCCCUCAAACCACGGUCGCUGGCAGUCUCGGCUGAUGAGGCUACUGCAGAGACUCCCGGCCAGUGUUGUGCGCCGCGUGCAUCGGGAGCGCCACGCCGGGCCCAGCUGGAUCACCGUGGUCCCCGAGUGUCAAAGGCUGACAGAUGCCGACCUGCAAGCGUUUACCCGCAGCCUCACUGGCGCCGCCCUGUUGGCCAUGUUUAGUAAAACUGGCAGCACAGACGCAGCCUAUGCUCUCCAGAACCUGGCUCUCCUCACCCCAGAACUGGUCAUCCCACCUGUACUUGAAAAGACCUACGGGGCGAUGGCGACCCUGACGGAGCCGCACACCCUCACCGCCACUCUCAGCUGCAUGAUCGGCAUGGCGCGCAGCCUCGUGUCCCCUGACGACCGCUACCCAGAGGGCCGUGCUCACGUGCUCCCACUGCUCAUGGGCUCUCUCCCGGGGGUGGACCCCAACGACUUCAGCAAGUGCAUGAUAACGUUCCAGUUCAUCACCACCUUCACCACCCUGGUGCCUUUAGUGGACUGCUCAUCUGCUCCUUCUCUGCAAACGGACCUCACAGAGAUUGAAAAAGAUCUGUGCUUCGCCACAGCCGGCUUUGAAGACUUCGUGCUGCAGUUCCUGGACAGAUGUUUUGCUCUGAUAGACAGCAGCACUCUGGAGCAGACAAGAGACGAGACGGAGACGGAUACCCAGACUCAUCUGGAGAGCCUGGUGGAGCUGGGACUGUCCUCCACUGUUAGCACGAUCCUAACACAGUGCUCCUCAGAAAUCUAUGAGGUCGCGUUGCAGAAGCUGUAUAACUUUGCCACCUCCAGCAUCUUUGAGACGUGUGUGUCGGGCAGAAUGGUGGCUGACAUGUGCAGAGCCGCCGCAAAGUGUCAUCCUGCUGAGUCUCUCCGUCUGUUCGUCCCUCACUGCUGUCGCAUCAUCUCCCUCAUUACUGACAAUGAGGAGUUGCAGAAUGAAGGCGAGCUGGACAAGGAGCUGUUGUGGAAUCUCCAGCUGCUCUCUGAGGUAAUCCGUGUGGAUGGUGAACAGCUGCUAAAAUACCAAGGGGAGCUGGAGCGCAUCCUGUGUGUGUGUGUGAGUCUUCGGUGCAAGCAGGCCUACACACUCGCUUGCAGUUUGCUGGAGCACACACUCCGGUCACUGUCUCUCAUCUAUCCCACCGAGUACCGCAGUACCUCUGGGGGCUUUAAUACCGACCUCCCCAUCCGGGACUGGGGCCGAGCCGGAGAUGUGGCAGCUUUGGGUGUGUGUUGGCACGUGCCGUGCCAGGAGGAGGAAAACUUUGUUUUCCAGCUGCUGUCGUCACUCCUGCAACCCCAGCUGCAGCGAAUCAAAGGCCAUGUGUCUGGAGAUCAGCCCAUGACCAGGGAGGAGUUGUGGCAGAGCCUUGCGAUCGUGCAGCACUGCCUUCUCGGAGCUGGGAGCCUGCUGCCCCCAUUGGAUGGAGCACACGUCCCUGACCUGGUGCCCUCCAUGUUGAAUCUGGGGGAGAUCAAGCUGUACGUAGGUGUCGAGUACGAUGAUUCAUGGGGAAACUACAGAGUGUCCAUCUGCCAGACCAUGAGGCUGCUGCUUCAUCACAUCCUGGAGCACUCAGAAGAUGAUACAAAAUCCCUCUUUGUCAUCAUUAAGAUAAUCAGUGACCUUAUGUUUUUCUGCGGCACACACAAGAAGGAGUUUGACUCACGCUGGAAAAGCUUUACUCUCGUCAAGAAGUCAAUGGAAAACAGGCUUCUUGGGAAAAAGCAGCACAUUAGAGCACUGCUCAUUGACCGGGUCCUGCUCCAGCAUGAGAUGAGAAAACUGGUGGUUGAGGGCAGUGAAUACAAAGUGGUUCAUCAGGAGCUGCUCUGUGAUCUGCUGCUGCUUUCUACCAGCACGUACAGUCAGGUACGUAGCAGGGCACAGAGUGUGCUGAUGACAGCGAUGGGAACCUAUAGCUUCUCUUAUAGGGACAUGGUUCCCCGUAUGUUGCAACUGCUGUCUCCGCAGAACACCGCAGGCACAGAGCAGCAGUUCAAGGGAUCUCUAUACUGUGUCUUGGGUGCUCCGAGUGGUUUCUGUCCAGCUACCACAAGGGACUGGGACUGUAUCGGGGAGGUGUGGCCCGCUCUCGUGCGAUGCGGUCUGUCACACUCAGUGACCCUGGAGAAGCCGUCCAUCGGUCGACUGUUUGAUGACAUCAUUGACAGGAUUCAUCGGCAGCAUGACACCAUCGGGAUCUACUUAACCGUGUCAGAGAGAUGUGUCGAGAUAGCCAAUCAAAUUGCACAAUCCGACAAUCCUGCACCUAUUUUGGAGCUCCCGCCCAAAGAAGAAAUAGAUGAAGGAAUUCAGCGCCAGCGAAUCAGAAACGUUGUAGCUGCAAGGAAAUAUGAGAAGCUAGUCAACGAUCUUUUGGACUGCCUUGAAGACAGAGACUUGCCCUGGAAGUUUGAGCACAUGGCCACAGACCUGUUGGCUCUCCUCCUGCGAGAUGAUCAUCCUCUUCCACCUGAUGCUGUCCUCUACUUCACACAGAGCCUUGUUCAUGACUCCAUUAGCAUUCGCAAGGUUGCUAUUUCUGCAAUGGCCGGUAUCCUGAAACAGCUGAAGAGGCCGAGAAAGAAAGUGGCCGUCAAGCCUUCGGAUAUCAGUGGGAUCCAGGACCCAGAGGGGAUUUGUGUCGGGGAUCGUGACGGGAACCGCUGGCUGCAGUAUGACAGCAACAACCUACCUCUGAGCCAGGAGCAGUGGGACUGUCUGCAUUAUGUGGAGAAAACACACUUGGGCUACUACUCAUGGCCGAGAGAAAUGAUGAUCUAUGCAUCUUCUGAGAAGCCACAAGAUGACCUGCCAUACGAGGAGAUGAGUGAGGGCGAAAAGAUCAUCUUUGAAUACUUCUCGGACCCCGAUUUUAUUGACCAGCUGAUAGAGUUUCUGUCUCUGGAGGAGCGGAAUGGGAAGGACAGCUUCAACCCGCGCCGCUUCUGCCUCUUCAAGGGGCUGUUUCGUAACUACGGCAACGUGUUCCUGCCAGUGCUGCGGCCUCAUCUGGAGCAGCUGGCGAGCGACCCCCACGAGAGCUCCCAGCGCUGCGUGUGCGAGAUUACGGCGGGGCUCAUCAGAGGCAGCAAACAUUGGAGCUUCAGCAAGGUGGACCGGUUGUGGCAGCUCCUCUGCCCGCUGAUCAGGACGGCGUUGAACAACAUCACUGUGGAAACCUACACAGACUGGGGCACAUGCAUCGCCACAGCUUGUGAGGGCAGAGACCCCAGGAAACUCCACUGGCUGUUUGAGCUGCUGAUGGAGAGCCCCCUGAGCGGGGAGGGAGGCUCCUUCAGGGACGCCAGUUUGCUGUAUGUGCUUCAGGGAGGUCUCGCCCAGCAGCAGUGGAGAGUUUCCGAACUGCUGCACCGGCUGCUGGUUUACCUGGAGCCCAAACUCACCCAGGUGUACAAAAACGUCAGGGAACGUAUAGGAAGUGUGCUGACCUAUAUCUUCAUGAUAGACGUGGCCCUGCCCCACACCAGUCCCACCUCUUCGCCUCACGUGGCCGAAUUCGUCACCCGGGUCCUGGAACGGCUCAAGCCCCUCACGUCGGAGCCCGAGAUCCACAACCAUGUCCACGAGGGGAACACCCAGGAGACGGACGAACGCACCCAGGCUGUCAAGCUGCUCAAAACGGUGUUAAAGUGGUUGAUGGCGAGCGCAGGGCGCACCUUCACCACGCCUGUUCAGCAGCAGCUCCAGCUUCUGCCUGUGCUCUUCAAGAUUGCCCCAGUGGAGAUUGAUGAGAGCUAUGAUGAGAUGAAGCAGGAUGCGCGCACGUGUCUCUCUCUCAUGUCCCAGGGCCUGCUCUAUCCGGAGCACAUCCCUCUGGUUUUGGCAGCACUGGAGGAGAUGGCGGGCAACAGAUCAUGGCACGCUCGCUUCACAGUGCUGACAUACCUCCAGAUCACGGUCUUCUACAAUCUGUUCACUCUGCUCAGUUUGCCCGCUGAGGUUCUGCGCAUCCGAAAGCUGGUGAUGCAGCUGCUGCUGGACGAACAGCUUGAGGUGAGGGACAUGGCCUGCACCACCCUCAGUGGUUUACUGCAGUGCCAGUUCUUCCCUCUGGACUCCAGUCUGCAGACACAGCUCCAGACGCUGAGUCAGACUCCCCUCCCCAAGGCCAGAGGAGAGCUGGCCUCCACGGACUUGGUGCGGCGCCACGCUGGAGUGCUCGGGCUUAGCGCGUGCAUCCUGUCGAGCCCCUACGACGUCCCACAGUGGAUGCCGCAGAUCCUGAUGGACCUGAGCGACCAUCUCAACGACCCGCAGCCUAUAGAGAUGACGGUGAAGAAGACCCUAUCAGAGUUCAGGCGCACUCACCACGACAACUGGCAGGAGCAUCGGCAGUGCUUCACCGACGACCAGCUUCUGGUGCUCACCAACCUGCUGGUGUCGCCCUGUUACUACGCCUAGUAGUCCAUCUGCCUAGCUUGCUGGCUGUCGGCUACCACAGAAGGGCUCAUCAGUUUGGGGAGAUCUCUGUCCGGACCCCCACCUGCCGCUGAUGACCUUUAGCCGCGAAGCAGCUUGGGUCAGAAGGGUUUUCAGUCACCACAUUGCUUGGUAGGCUUUGUUUUGCUCGCCAAGCGACACAGCGGCCCCAAUAGGGAGGACGCAGCAAAGAUCAAGGUGUGCAUGCAGUCUUUUGAAACUCCGAUCUACGCAGAGACCCCCAAAUCGUGUUCUUCUCUAUCACACCAUGUCACUUCACCCUCAGACAUCUUUCAGGAGGUUUUCAGGAGGCUUGUGAAUAAAAUGUGUAAGGUAAUUUUUUCUACAUAAAUACAGUCAUAUGAAAGAAUGGGGCGCCCCAUGAAAAAUUAUGUUCUUCAAGAAAAGCUAUAUCUGGAAAAGAAAGUUAUUUAACUGCAGUUUAACAAAGACAUCAACAAAAGGUUUAUUCUAUUUAUUCUAAGUUUAUUAGGACACCCUACCCCCCAGACAGAUAAUGUUACCUUCUUUGAUUAAAAUAACUUCCCUGGGAGGCUUCUUGUAGAUAUCUACAGGUCUCCGACAUCAGUCUAAGGAAGGUUUGACCCACUGUUCUUGACCAUUGUCACUUUAAAUGGUUGAGUUCUGCUUUGGCUUGAAUUCUGGUGGACGUUUUCCUCCAGCACUCUCUGAUAGAUGGUAGUUUCCAUGCUGGAUUGUGUGAUGGUGAAGCUGGUCCUGCUGCAGGAAAGCAGCCCCAAACCAUGACACUUCCACCUCUAUGCCUCAGUUAGUUGAGGUUCUUUUCCUGGAAUGAUGUUUUUGUUGCGUCUUCUGGUCUGGUGUCAAAAUAAUUUAGUUUUAGACUCCUAUGUUCAAAGAUCACCAUUCUACAACUUUGACUGUCAGGAGCACAUCAAAUUAAUUGUCUUAGGCUUAAACAGGGCCAGCCAUCUUCAAAUUGCUGAAAAAAAAAACAACGUUUUCAUCAUGAGCAGCUGGUCUAAUACGUCUGUGAGGGAUCUUUGAAUGAAUCUGGGGGUGUCCUCAUUUAUUCCUCUCCAGAAUUUACUUAGUUUAUUACAUGUUACAGAACAUUUUAAACGGGAAAGGUUCUUGCUGUCCUUUUUCCCAGUAUUGAAUGAAAUUGUAAUAUCAACAUGUCGAAAUAUGGUGGAAAAACAAAUAGGCUGUCACAUUGUGUCCCUAUCAAUUCACAUGAUUAUCAACACAAAUAGAGUGUGUGUGUGUGUGUGUGUGUGUGUGUGUGUGUGUGUGUGUGUGUGUGUGUGUGUGUGUGUGUGUGUGUGUGUGUGUGUGUGUACCAAUACACAUUACUAAUAUGAAUAAAAAAGCUAUCUCUAUUGAUAAUUAACAGAUUAUAUUGUAAUAGCAGCUGUUUUUAUGUUCUGAACACCGUUGUAUUACAGAAAUAUGCUCUGAGAUGAUCAUGUUCAGUAGCUGUACAUCAUAUGUUGCAAAGUGCUCAAACGUAAAUGCUUCUCUUCCGUCUGCUCAGGUAGCUUUUAGUUAUGUGCCAAAAGAACGAAAAAAAAGUAACUUUGUACAGAUGCCGCUGCAGCCAAUAAACACUUAUAACUGGU